AUGACCGCUUUACCAAUAGUUGAAACCCAAUCGGGAGACAUUUCGGCUUAUAUUCCUACGAAUGUAAUUUCGAUUACUGAUGGACAAAUAUUCUUAUCUGCCGAUCUAUUCAAUGCUGGAAUCCGACCCGCUAUUAAUGUGGGUAUCUCUCUUUCCAGAGUGGGGUCUGCAGCUCAAAUUAAAGCUAUGAAACAAGUAGCCAGUAAAUUAAAACCGGAGCUGGCACAAUUCACAGAAUUAGAAGCUUUUGCACAAUUUGCUUCUGAUCUCGAUAAAGCUACUCAGAAUCAAUUAGCAAGAGGUCAGCUAGAAAGAAAUAUUAAUGCACAAUUGCACUUUAGCCAUGGUACUUUUGGAAUGAGAAUCCCUACUUUAGUAGGAGAUGAUAAUAGUCAUUUCUUAUAA